AUGUCGUUGAUAUCCCUGCUGCUGAACGCAGCUCUGAGCGGAGUCGGCAGUUGGAUCUGUUACCGGUUGAUUCUCUCCUACAUUCCCAUUUUCAUCCAGCGCAAGAUGUACGGCAACGACCAGUGCAAGGUUUUUCAAUACUUUGUUUCGAAUUUUGCACUCAAUGUUUUUUGGCCUUGGCACAUAUUAAAUAUGUGUUAUUUGUUAGAACUGCAUUUUUGCUCGUUUUGUAACAUUCUUUCAUGAAGAAAUUGAAAAUUUCGGGAAGUUCAGUAUAACUCUGCACAUUUUCCUUAAAAAUAUUUAUUUAGGAUUAGCCUUUUUCCGUUUGUUUUGGAAACACUUUCAAAAAAAUUGAAAGUUUUGAAAGCAGUUUUGAACGGAUCGAAAAGGCUCGCUUACGAGGAUUUAAUAACUGCAAAUCUCUGAUCUAUAUGUAAAAUGUCUCUUUCAAUAAAUUAUUCAUGACGGAUCCCAGUAGAAAGACGAGGAGUAUGACUCAAAUUUCUCCUUUCUUCCAGGUCAGCAACGAUCCGGUACCUGAGCCGAUGGGAGUGAUUUGCGCGGCGGUCUACCUCAUCGUCAUGUUUCUUUUCAUCCCAGUGCCCUUCUUCGAGUGGAUCGGGGCCGAGUAGGACUUCCUUGGCUUCUCCUCAAACCUUUGCCUCCUCAGUAUUAUUUUCCCUUACGCGCGACUGCUCGCCAUCCUUUCCGGCCUCAUUUCCAUCAGCACGGCGAUCCUUCUCGGCUUCGCUGACGACAUGCUCGACCUCCGAUGGCGUCACAAACUCCUAUUUCCCACUCUUUCGUCUCUCCCGCUUCUCAUGGUCUAUUACGUAUCGGGUUAGUCAAUGACGUUCCUUCAAUUUGUUUCUGGGAAAAGAAAAUAUCCUUUCGACUCGAUAUUCUAGAGUUGUGUUGAAUUAUGAUGAGUAAAAAUAUCCAGAAACAAGAGAGAUUGUCCGCCAAGACAGCAAGAUCGGCCGCUUCACUGAAAAAGUUUUGCCUGUGGCGUAAUCAAAUCCAUUUUGUUGAAUCGAAGAUUUUCAAAUUGAGAUUUGGAUCUUAAUGAAGUGUUCUUUGGAUAAUAAAAAUAAAAUUCUUACUAGGCACGAAUGGUGAUUUUGAAUCGAAUAGCAGUAAGAAGGGAGAGAGGUUAUCAACCAGAUUUUUCAAAAUAAAAGCUCGCUAUCCAAAAUAAGAUUUUCCAAAGUGAAAGGAUACUGGUUUUUUGGUGGUAUGAAAAAAAAACCCCCAGCGAAAAUUCAAACGGCGACUUUUCCGAUUUUUACAAAUCGCUAGGGAACUUUCCGAUGGCCACCUUUCCGCCGAAUCCCUUUCCGACUUUUUUUUUUCCUUAUCUUUUUCGGUUUAUAAAACAUCCAUAAGCGUUUUUUUUCCUAUUCCUUUGUGUUUUAAUCAUGAACCAACUCUUACUUUAUAUAGGAAGAUUUAAAACGAAGAUUUUAUCGAGAUCAAAAAGGGGAAAAAGAUUCGUCGGAAUGGUGGCCGUCGGAAAGUUCCCUAGCGAUAUGAAAAAAUCGGAAAAGUCGCCGUUUGAAUUUUCGAUGGUCUUUUUUUCAUACCACCGGUUUUUUUUCUGAAUUUUUUCGAAGCUUAGGAGGCAGAACAUGCAAACCUCUUUCUACGGGUAGUAGAAAUGUUGGAAAGAAAGGACGUUAAGGGAAUUCGACGACAGUCAUCGUGCCGUCGGUUCUCCGGACUUUCCUGAGCUCGGCCGGAUUUCCUUUCGUCGUUCCAGUCACUGUCAACAUCUUCUACUUGUACUACGUUUUCAUGGGCAUGGUUAUUGUCUUCUGCACCAACGCCAUCAAUAUUUUAGCAGGUCACUGAUUUUUUUUGUGAUGGUCUAGAAUGUCUUUUGAUGAUCUCAGACUUUUGAGAAGUUUUUUUGCCUUUUUUGCAAGGCUUUAAAAUACUUCACAAAGAGUUCCCGCAUUUUUUUCACGACUUCAUCAUUCAGGUAUCAACGGGCUGGAAAGCGGCCAAUCUGUUGUGAUUGCUUUCAGCAUCAUUGUUUUCAAUAUUGUCCAGGUUUGAUUCAUUUUCAUCUAGAUCAAAGUGUUCGAAGGAUUAAAUAAUUUUAUUUUCAUUACAGCUUGUUCGAGUCGAUGCGCAAUACUGGCACCAUUUGGUUUCUCUUUAUUUCCUCAUUCCUUUCGCCUCAAUCACCCUCGUCUUGUAUCAUUUCAAUAAGGUGAAUUUCGUCUUUUCAGAAAAAUAAAAACCAAACAUUUCUUCAAGUACCCAGCGAAAGUUUUUGUCGGCGACACUUUCUGCUACUGGGCCGGCAUGACCUUGGCCGUCGUUUCGAUCCUCGGCCAUUUCAGCAAAACUCUCAUGCUCUUCCUAAUUCCUCAAGUAUUCACAGUAUUUCAGCGAAAAAAAGAAAGAAUUUGUUAAGACAUUCAAUUUUCUGUACUCGAUCCCGCAGCUUUUCCAUUUCGUACCGUGUCCUCGACAUCGCCUGCCGAAGUUUGAUGCGGAAUCUGACAAGGUUCAAAUAUUUCAUUGGGAAGCAAAAUUAUGGUAUUUCAGCUUUUCAUGAGCACUGCCGUGUUCAAAAAGAGUGAACUCAAAUCUCUUGGCAAAAUUUCCCUGACGGUCUUCCGGUUAGCUGGGCUACUGUAUCAGCGCGAGUUCGAGAAAGACGGCGAAACGUAAGAAUUUCCUUCGCACUGCUUUGUACAUGUACUCAGGAACGCAAGAGUGGUCCCAAGAGGGUUAGGGGGAAAUUCCCUCAUAGCGGACAAAAUACAAAAUAUAAAUACCUAGAAGGUUAAAAUGUGGGUGGUCCCUAUAGAAUUUUAGGCGCAGACCUCUAAGCCUCUUAUCCUUAAGUAUAGGGGCACUUUUGCAAGCUCAAGUGCCCCUUAUGAGAGGAGAUAAGGUGGUCUUUGAGGAGAACCUAGUCUCUAGGUUAAAUAUGCAAAGAGCCUUUCCAAAUAAAUUUGAGAAACUCUAAUCUGAGCUUAUAGUCGAUUCGCACCGGCUUUGAACUUUUUUCUGCCCAGAAAAUUGCCUGAUUGGUAACGACUGCGUAGCGGUUUACAUAAUGUUGCACCAGACCAAACUUCUGUUACGCAAACCUGUAUUGUAAACUUCAAGUAGGAAAAAAGUUAGUAUGUUAAAUAAACCUCUAUGCAGUGGAUCGUUUCGAUUCCUACCAAAGCGUUCUGAGCUGUGGCGAAUGGAGUAGUUUCAAACGCCAGGUUUUCGGAUCAACUUUCCAUUUUAUAAUUUGACAGGUGGCUGGAGAUCAACAACUUGACCAUAAUCAACUUGGUGCUCAAGUUCUGCGGCCCGAUGAAGGAGAGCCGUCUGACGUUGACGCUUCUCGGCCUCCAGGUCCUCGGCUCGUUCUUCGCCUUUUUCGUCCGCUUCUACCUCGCGUCUGUGUUUUACGAGUCUGUGGAGUGA